AAGUGUCCGCUCCGCCCCGCGCCGGGAGCGCCAUGGAGAUGGCGGCGGAGAGCGGGACGGGAGCGGCGGAGCGCCGGGAGUUGUCGCCGCGCUCCCAGCAGCAGCUGCAGGAGCGCACCCCGCCGCCCCCCGCCGCGCCCCCCCCGGCCCCGCAGGCGGCCCCGCGCCGCUCCCCGCAGCUCCGCGUGCUGCUGACGCCGCUCCCCGCGCCGGGCCGGCGGCUGCCCCAGAAGCGGCUGUUGGGCGCCUACGAUGGGGCGGCGGGGGGGGACGGGAAGCGGCGGCGCGCGGAGCCCUCCAGCCCGGAGCGCGCGGACAGCGGGUCGGACGGCGACGGCGACGGCGAUAGCGACAGCGACAGCGACGGGACGGAGGCGGGUCAGGAUGGGAGCCCGCAGCUGUCGGCGUACGAGAGGAAACGGCUGAAGAACAUCUCCGAGAACGCCAAAUUCUUCGCUGCUCUGAAGCUGCACGAGUCAGCCGCACGACUCCACGAAAUCGCAGCUAAAGGAACAUCUCAGGUCGCCAGGAGGGCGAAGCCCAGGAAGGCCGAGAGCGGCACAGUGCAGCGCAGGUCCAUGCGGCUCCAGAGGAUACAGCCCCCGGAGGUCCCGCAGGUGGAGGCACCGGCACAGGAGGAGGAAUAUCCCCAGGUCCCCGCCGGACCGCUCCCCAUGGCCGCAGAUGGGCAGGAGGAGAAGAGUGAAACAGCACUGCUGGGCACCUGGCUGCAGCUGAGCGAGAUGAAGCAUAACGACACUGAAAAGCGCACGUGGGACAUGAAGAGGUACCAGGCUGCCCUGAGCAGCAUGCUGCUGCGUGAGGAUGGCGUCAGGAAGGUGGUCAGCAGCCGUGUGUGCUCCGUGGCCAUCCACCCCUCAGAGAGCACCGUGCUGGUGGCGGCUGGUGACAAGAAUGGGCACGUCGGGCUCUGGGACGUUAGCUGUACAGCCGAGGGAGGAGCGCACGUCUUCACCCCACACAACUCAUCCGUCAACUGCAUGCACUUCUCGCCCUCGCAGCCCGCACAGCUGCUGUCCCUCAGCCACGACUCCCUGCGCUGCGGCGACGUCAGCAGGGCGGUGUUCGAUGAGAUCUGCAGAAGCGAGGACGGGCUCUCCUCCUUUGACUUCCUGGAAGACAGUGCCUGCACGGCCCUCGUGGGGCUCUGGGAUGGCACGGUGGCUGUGGUGGACAGGCGGACCCCGGGGACGUCACCAGAGCUCCUUGCAGACAUCGGCUUCAAAGUGACGAGGACGGUGGCCGUGCACCCCGUGGACAGGCAGUACUUCCUUGCUGCAGGCUCUGUCGACGUCCGCGUCUUCGACGUGCGAUGGCUGCGGCGCAGCGGGAGCAGCGCUGUGAGCGCUUUGCGAGGGCACACCAAGAGCGUGGCCUCCGCCUACUUCUCACCCGUCAGCGGGCGCCGCGUGGUCACCGUGUGUGCGGACGACAGGCUGAGGGUCUAUGACACCAGCUCUUUAUCAGCCACCGCUGCCCUCCUCAGCACUGUCAGGCACAACAACAACACGGGCCGCUGGCUGACGCGCUUCCGCGCCGUGUGGGACCCCAAGCAGGAGCAGUGCUUUGUGGUGGGCAGCAUGGCACGGCCGAGGCAGGUCGAGGUGUUCCAGGACACGGGGGUGCUGCUGCACGCCUUCUGCAGCCCCGAGUGCCUGGGCUCGGUGUGCUCCAUCAAUGCGUUCCACCCCACCAGGAAUGUCCUCGUGGGUGGCAACUCCAGUGGCCGCCUGCACGUCUUCAUGGGGUAGGGGGGCGUGGGGGGGCUGUCCUGCAGCACGGAGCUGUGGGGGAGCAAACUGCAGCUGUGCUCUCUUGGGCACAAAGCUUAUCUUACAAGUGCUUUGUCUGUGUUUAUGGUUAGGCGUUCCUUUCAAUAAAAAGAUAUUAAUCUAAA